AGCUUUGGCACAUCACCGUGGCCAGAACUGGAGCACCCCACUCCAGAAGAGUGUGCUGAGCUCCAGCAACUCUUGACCAAGGCACACGGCCCUUCGGAACGCCCGGACAAACUUAUCGUUAAUAACGAAGUUUCUGGUUGCGGCGAAGUGCCGUGUGUCUUGGAUGCACUUUUGAGGACAAUCAUGUCCUUGAAUACAACGACCAAAAACUCGGCGAAGGCCUUUCAGGACCUGUUGGCCCAUUUUGGGACCGUUACUGUCGAGAAAUUUCUCGACCCCUCGAAGAAGGGAAGAUACACCAAGGGGAGUGUAGAUAGCGUCGACUGGGACGCUAUCAGGACCAGCAGGGUCGAAGAUGUCGAGGAAGCUCUGAAGGUUGGGGGCCUUCAGAACAAGAAGGCGAGGGUGAUCCAAGCCAUCCUCCGCCAAGACUCGGGCUCCGAACUUUCGGACCCCGAGGAUGAUGACGAUGGAGAGUUGUCGUUGGACCAUUUCCAUGAGAUGGACAACAUCACACUCAUGAAGAAUCUUACUGCCUUCGAUGGCAUCGGCCCGAAGGCCGCCGCGUGUGUGAUGCUAUUCUCGCUUCACCGCGAUGUCUUUCCUGUCGACACUCAUGUGCACAGGCUGACCAAAUUCCUCGGAUGGGUGCCACCCAACGCUACCGAGGUCACGGGCUUCUACCAUUUAGAUGUCCGAAUUCCUGACGAGUACAAGUACUCGUUGCACAACCUGCUGAUCCGCCAUGGGCGGUCAUGUAAGAAGUGUGCCGGGCGUGCCGAAGCCACGACCCCGAAGAAAGUCAAGACUGAACUUGACGAGGAUGGCAACCCUAUCAAGGCCAAGAAGAUGAAGGUCGUCUGGGAAGGCAAUGGCCUGAUGAAGGAGAGGAUGGUGGAGCUCGGAACGGACGAUGAGGAUGCGAACGAUGACUGCGUCAUCAACCAUCUCGUCAACCGUGUCCGCAAGCCGCGCCGGAAGCCGAAGUCGAAGGGGAUCAAGGAGGAGGAAGCCGAUUCCCAGGAUGGGGUCAAUGUC